AUGCAACCGGAUGUGGUGCCCUGCUGGGACGCGGCGCCACCGAUCACGCCGCCAGCCGCGUUUCUGCCGCCUGGAUACAAGAAAGGCUUUCCAGAGCCGAAGAAGGAAAAGACUGAACAGAGUGCAAAUGGCGCGGUAUCGCCGAGCGGUGAUCCGCAAGCGAAUCAGGGCACGGCUACGACCGGUAGCCUGCCGAUCUCGGCGGCACCCCCGAAUUCUGGGGACCAGCAAAAGCCGAGUAGGCCGAACACCCUGGAAUCCAGGGUGGUAGCCAGGAGACUGAUCUUGUUCGACAGUGAGCUGGAGAAGGGGGUCCUGGACCAAAGCAGCGAAAAUCAACAGGUAAUAGAGAGGUGUUACCCUCUCCCGCCUCAAAACACGUUGAUGCUGUCGGAACUUCCGGAACCCCCGAUUCCGUUGAGCGAGAUCGGUCCAAUUCCGCCUCCUCCGAUGUUCAGCUCCUCGAGUCCUACUUUGUUACUGGCUAAGCAACGGCAAAUUCGGAAUCCUUUGGCGUCCGACUACGAGGACGAAGAGGACGAAGAGGAUUUCGACGUGGAGGAGGAGGACAACAUGUACGUGCCGAGGAUGUCGCAGCCUGACCCGAGCAUCGACACGUCCAGGGUCGAGGAGAUCCCCGCGAAGGAGCCUAAGUUUCACGCGGUGCCGCUGAAAAGCGUGCUGAAGAAGAGAGGUUCCGGAAGUGGGCCUGGUACGCCGCAGAACACGCCAACGCAGGAGAACAGGCCGUUGACCCUUCGCCAGGAGCUGCACGCCUCCUUCAAUAGUCGACCGGUCAGAUUCGGACUCGCCUUGCCAUGCACCCUGGAGAACAAGGAGAACGCGAGGCCAUACGUGAUAAGGGAAGACGCCGAUGGCGACGCCGGAGACGGAAGAGUACUCUACAGGGACGAGUACGACGACGAGAAAAGCCGGUUGGCAGCAAAGAUUGCGCGCAAGGAGUCGCUGUCGUUGAAACUUGCCCUGAGGCCAGACAGGCAAGAGCUCAUCAACAGGAACAUCCUUCAGCUGCAGACAGACAAUGAGAGGCAGGAAACGAAGGAAGCAAUUGGUGCCAAGCUCAUCAGGCGGCUGAGCAUGCGGCCAACCCAAGAGGAGCUUGAGGAGCGGAAUAUUUUGAAAAAGCAAAGUCCCGCAGAGGAGAAGAAGCAGAAAGAAGAGAAGAAACGGUAUCUGUUGCGAAAGCUCAGCUUUCGACCGACUGUCGAAGAACUCAAGGAAAAGAAGAUUAUCAGGUUCAACGACUACAUCGAAGUCACGCAGGCUCACGACUACGACAGAAGAGCCGACAAACCCUGGACGCGGCUGACUCCUAAGGACAAGGCAGCCAUUAGGAAGGAGUUGAACGAGUUUAAGAGUUCGGAGAUGGCCGUUCAUGAGGACAGCCGACACCUCACCAGGUUCCAUAGGCCAUGACAAUUGCAAUGUGUUGAGGUGCUACAGUGUGGUGCGGGUAUAGGUGAAGGUGCAGUGUGGUGGCCUCGCGUCGAGGCUGGAUAAAUCUCUCUCGGUUGAUCGUGUGGCUUCCGAGGAUUAUUUCACGACGGCGGAGGAGAGUAAAAUUGUACAAC